GAAAUUUGUGAAAUCAAACGAUGAUACUGAGUCAGAUAGAAUAGAACAUGUAAUUCGAGACUUAAUCAUAACGAUGAUACAAAAAAGAGAAGAGAAAGUGGUGCAAGGAAAAUCGGACAACUACGGGAGUGACUUUCUUGGAUCACUUAUAAAGUUUUACCAUGAUGCUGAUGAUAACAGUAAUAUUUCAAUUGACACUGUGAUAGACGAAUGCAAGAUAUUCUACAUUGCUGGACAAGAAACCACUAAUGGCUUACUAGCUUGGAGCAUUUUUCUCCUAGCAAUCCAUUCAGAUUGGCAAGAGAAAGCAAGGAAGGAGGUGCUUGAAUUGUUUGGCCAACAAAACCCAAGUCCAGAAGGCAUCGCAAGAUUGAAGAGUAUGAGCAUGAUCCUAAAUGAAACUCUAAGGUUGUAUAGUCCAGCAGCCAAUAUGUGGAGAAAAGUUGAGAGGGAAGUCAGAUUGGGAAAGCUUGUUCUUCCAGCCAAUAUGGAUGUCUAUAUUCCAUCUCUAGCACUCCACCAUGACCCUAAUAUAUGGGGAAAAGAUGCUCACCUUUUCAAGCCAGAGAGAUUUGCCGAAGGGGUGGCUAAAGCAACUAAUAACAACACAACAGCAUUCAUUCCAUUUGGUUUAGGACCUCGAAUGUGUGUGGGUUUGAACUUUGCAGCAGCUGAAACCAAGAUAGCGCUCUCAAUGAUUCUGCAACGCUAUACAUUCACCCUCUCGCCAACUUAUGUUCACUCACCAAUGCAAAUGCUUACUAUUCGCCCAAAGCAUGGAAUUGAAGUCAUAUUCCAUGCAUUGUAAAUUUCAGUUGUAGCUUUUCUCUUAUCAAUGUGAGCAAACUCGUAAACUGUUGACAAUAGAUGUUCUGUAUUUGUGUGUGUUCUGUA